AGACAAGUGUGUGUAUGUGACUUGUUUGCUGCUUUAUAGAUUAUAAUGUAUAUAGUGUUUAUCGGUCUCUUGUCAGAUGAAUGUAAUUUGAUCUGUCGACUGAAGAAAAUGUAAUCAAACUAUAACGUUGGCGACUCGUGUAUGCUAUACUGUACGUGUAUAAUAAAUUUUAUAUUUACACACGUGAUGAGCUUUACUGGCUCGAGCCUAGCGGGCUGCAGCUUUCGCGUGUCAUGGGGGGACGCGGCGCUCCUCUCGCGACCGCCUCGCUCGCGCUCUCGAGGAGUGACGUUAGCGCCAGAAGAUGAAGGCGCGGGGGCGGCCAUUAGCGGAGGCUCCGUGACCGUCAAAGGCCGAGUAAAUACAGUUAGCGGACAGCCGCCCGCCCCCCGCCUAUGGCGAGAACCAGCGGUCAGAUUUGCGAUGUCAUUCCCAUCCAGUCCAGCGUGGUGCUGCUCUCGUGCCCCGCCUCACCCAUGGUGAGAGGACCCCCGGAGGCCAUCCCGAGCACAGGCCUCCGUCUGGAUCUGAGUAUGGAGGCGUCCGCCACAGAGGCCAGGGCUUCCCUGGGCCGUUCUGAUUCCGGGGCAGAGCGCCGGCCGACAGCCAUGCAGCUGCGGAAGAAGGACUUCAAGUUUGGCAAGAUUCUGGGGGAAGGCUCUUUCUCGACGGUAGUGCUGGCAAGAGAGCAGCUAACAGGGAAAGAUUAUGCCAUUAAAAUUCUGGAAAAACGGCAUAUCAUGAAAGAAAAGAAGGCGCAAUACGUGAAAAGGGAGCGAGACGUGAUGUCACACCUAGAACAUCCGUUUUUUGUCAAGCUUCACUUCGCAUUUCAAGAUGAAGAGAAGCUGUAUUUUGUUCUUAACUAUGCUAAAAAUGGGGAACUGCUAAAAUACAUUCGAAAGAUAGGGUCUUUCGAUGAGACGUGCACAAGGUUCUACACAGCAGAGAUCGUUUGUGCGUUAGAGUAUUUGCAUGCAGAGGGGAUUAUUCACAGGGACCUAAAACCAGAAAAUAUUUUACUGAAUGAAGAAAUGCACAUUCAAAUAACAGAUUUUGGAACAGCAAAGCAGUUGUCGCCAGAUAGCAAGCAAGCCAGAGCAAACUCUUUCGUUGGAACUGCACAAUAUGUUUCCCCAGAGCUGUUAACUGAGAAGUCUGCCUGCAAAAGCUCUGACCUCUGGGCCUUAGGUUGUAUCAUUUACCAGCUGGUGGCUGGGCUUCCUCCAUUUAGGGCUGGAAACGAGUACCUUAUAUUUCAAAAGAUUAUGAAGCUUGAGUAUGAAUUUCCAGACAAAUUCUUUCCCAAAGCCAAGGAUCUCGUUGAACAUCUUUUACUCCUGGAUCCCAGGAAGCGGCUAGGCUGUGAGGAGGCGGGGGGGUUCCCCCCUCUCAAAGGUCACCCUUUCUUUGAGAGCAUAUCAUGGGAUCAGCUACACCUGCAGACACCCCCUAAACUGACCCCUUAUCUGCCUGCUAUGUUCGAAGAUGAUGAGGACUACUAUGGAAAUUAUGAUGACCUCCUCAGCCAGUUCAGCUGCAUGCAGCUGGCCCCGUCCACAUCCUCCCAGCUGGCUCUCUCAGAAUUCCCUCCGCUGUUGACUUCCAUCAGCAACAUUCAGCAGUAUAUUCAUGACCUGGACACCAACUCCUUCGAGCUGGACCUGCAGUUCUCCAGCAAGGAGAAGAGGCUGCUGCUGGAGAAACAGACCAGCGGAAACCCUUGGCACCAGUUUGUGGAAAACAAUUUAAUACUUAAAAUGGGUCCAGUGGACAAGCGUAAGGGCCUGUUCGCGCGUCGGCGCCAGCUGCUGCUGACAGAAGGGCCGCACCUGUACUACGUGGACCCAGUGAACAAGAUCCUGAAGGGGGAGAUUCCCUGGUCCCCAGACCUGCGUCCUGAGGCCAAGAACUUCAAGACCUUCUUUGUUCACACACCAAAUCGGACAUAUUAUCUAAUGGACCCUAGUGGGAACGCUGAUAAAUGGUGCAAGAAAAUCCAGGAAGUAUGGGGGAAGAUAUACCACAAACGGCAAAACGCUGGCUUAUAGCUGCACCUUAGUGCACCUUGCUUUCUUCGUGUGGCAAGAUCCCCCCCCCCCCCUCAGUGCCUGUGGCCUGUCACAAAGAGAGCUCUCCCCAGAAUCCCCGCUCAGACUUGACAUUGCUUUCUUUUUGCACACUAAAGCUGGUAUCUAAAUAGUUCUUUCUCUCCGAGGAGGGGAAAAACAUGGAAGCGAAUGGAAUUCAUGGUUGCUCUCUGCUCUGCUGCUGUAGACGCGUUGGACACGUCGUUUGCGGAUAAGAGUCCAAUUCGUGAAACUUCAGCUGUCCAGCCAGAGAGAGAGAGUACAAUCAGUCUGCCUUGGCAUAAUUAAGAGAUGUCAUCCACCAAUACAGCUGGACAGUGUACCAAGCAGUCCUGUGGUGAAGAUGACAGCGGGAUGAGGGUUAGGGGUUUUCUAGCGGAGCUGCAGACCCUCGUUUCGCUGUCCUGAAUCACCAUCAUUUAAUUGCGGGUAUUUCAGAGUGCUUUUGUUUCCAGGUGUUUUAUAGCUCCUAGCCGCCACCCUUACAUGUGUUUACCACACGUGCAGCGGUACGUAAGUUCAGCAUCGCGGUCUCUGCUUAACUGUGUAUUCUGACUACUGUGAGUUCCUUACUGUAUUACUCGCUUAGUCUGCCUGCUGUUCACUGUGGUCACAGCAAACUCAUUGCUGAUUAUCCAAAAUGUCAAUGGUUAUGUUAAAUGUAUUCACUUUAUCCUGGAGGUUUUUUUUGUAUCUUUUUAAUUUAAAUAAAACAGUAUGGUAGGUUUAGAAUUUACUUUUCUACAAUAUAUAAUCAUGACCUUUUUGUUUGGAGAACCAGUUUCAUCUGUUUUGUCCCUUUAGAAAUUGAGCAGCCAUAGGGAAAUAAUUGCAUAUAAUUCACGUUUUUUUUCUUAUUUAUUUUUUCUGUUGUUAAAACACAAGAAGAUAUAAUGAAACUCCUCAGGAGCACUGUUGCUUUUGUCUUGUACAGUUCAUACUAGGUUAGUGGGGUCUCUGUAUCUAACCUGGAACAAACUUCUUAAUGCUUUAAGGAUUUUUUUCCCUAGAGCUCUGUGAUUGGCUAUCAUGGUCCUACAGCUGAAUCAGUCUGUCACACGAGUCGCGGGCAAUCAUGUGGGAGUCAAACCACAGACAAAUUGCUGUAUAGACAUUUCAAAUGAAUGCUUACAGAAAGAUUCUUUUACGGUCGGCAACAGUCGGUUACGUUGAGUGUUUCAUACUCUAUGUGGGUUGUAACCGACCAGAACUGUGAUUUGUUAUUUAAAUUCUUAAUAUAUGAAUCAUCUUUGGAUUGAAGUCACGUUCAAGGGCCAUGCUGUGUAUGUACUGAGAUGUAAAGCCUUUGAAUGUGAAUAAUUAUUGUAAACUGAUAUUUUGAAACUUUUCUUAUUUUAUUAUAUACAUUUUCUAUUUGGUCAGUGAUUUAAUCCUAUUUCUCAUAAUUUAAUGAACUUGUUUGUUUCCAAUGACUGCGACCGGUGAGAUUAUCGAUGGAUGGAGUUGCCCACAUAAUGCUUAGUAAUACCGUAAUAAAACCAUGUAGGGUUUUAGGCAA